AUGUCUUUGUAUGAUAUUUUCGGCGAGGAUCCGGUGCAGGAAAGCUCGAAAAAAGGUGGCGAUUCGAGGAGCGCUGGCAAGCGUCUUCCAUCAGGACUGCGUUUUUUGCAGUCGCAGAUUCAAGUGAAAAAAUUCCAGCUCAACCAAGCACAGCGUACUGUGGUUGCACCAGUGGUCGAUCUGUCAGCGCGCAAUAAAUCGUCAACUACAUCAACGGCACAGCCAAUAAUAGCGGCUCUUCGACCGCACAAGGCCAUACCUCUUGGUGAAGGUCCACCGCUUUCAUUCAUUCCAAAAGCGCUCAAAGAAGAUAAGCAUAAAAGCAUUCCUUGGAUGGAGAGAAUAUUCUCCAUGAUUUUGGUGGAAGCUUUUUUAGUGACCAGUCCGAUUGGUUUGUUUCAUUUUCCGUGGUGGCUUCUGUUUAUUUGGAAUGAUCAAAUUUUCAGGGAACAUCAAGAAGAACUGUCGAAACGUAGUAGUGGUGCUGCUAUAGCGCCACCUCAGGCCCUUAUGGAAUCCGACAAUCGACUCGAACCUGAGGUGUCUAUGAGUUCCACAUCAGGAGAAAGUGGCGACAUGCAUCCACCCGUAUUUAUGCCACCAUUCGGGGUCGGCAAAGGAAUGGGAGUUGCGGCUAAUAUCAUGACAAAAUUUGGAUACAAGGAAGGAGCAGGCUUGGGACGUACUGGUCAAGGAAUGAGUACAGCGCUGAAAGUAGAACGACUGGGCAAAAAUGCUGGUGUUAUCGUCAAUGAGCAUGAACAAAAUCUACGAGCUGCUGCUGCUGCCGCAACUAUAUCAGGUGUUCCAUCACCACCCGAAUUUGUUGCACCCGAGUUACCGCCACCGGUUGGAGUCCCGCAUCCUGUCAACGCUCCGCCAGUAACUCAUCAACCCGCUGCGAAUAUGACCGAAGCACUCAAGAAUGCUACUCGAAUACUCAUGCUCCAGAACAUGGUUGGUGCAGACGAAAUCGAUGAUCGAUUGGAACCGGAAGUGAAGGAUGAAAUGAAGAAAUAUGGCCAAGUUACGAAACUGUUGAAUGUGAGUGAUGAAGAGGCCGUAAGAAUAUUCAUUGAAUUCACAAAUGUCGCCCAGGCAAUUAAAGCGUUUGUGGAUUUGAACGGUCGCUACUUU